GAACUGUCAAGCAUGGCCUUCCUCGGACGCGUUUUUUGCCGGAAAAACCAUUUUCUCACGCUGAAAAAGUACGAAAAUGUGCAAGUGGCACAGGGAAACCCGCAGAGUUUGGUGCAGAAAGUAGGCGUCGCCGAGGGUGGUCAAGUGUUCGUUGCCUGGCACCCCAAACCGGACUUCCCGUACGAGCUCAGCCGGCCGCUGGAGGUGGUGGUUCCGGAACCGACGGCCAACCUGGUGCGGGAUGACAUAAUCCAGAAUAGCCGGGCGGCCCUCAAAUCGAAGCAUCCGGAGUUUGUGCGGGAGGAGCUGAGCAAACUUACAUUCACCUGCAAGCACCGCUGGUUCCCCCGGGCCCGUGACAAGCGGGCCAAGAAAACACCGAUGGAUCGGCCGUAUCUGUAGGCAGUCGUGGAACGGGUAUUUCUCGGAGUCCAUUGUAGAAUAAAAAAGUGUUUAUUUGUACACGUUUACCGUAAAUCUUAA